AUGUCGACGUCCCCGAAGCCGUCGCCGAAACCCGCGCCGCGCGGCGCGACAGCGCGCUGGCCGCGCGGCGCGGACGACGCGCGCGACGGCGACGGCGACGCGUCGUCGUCGUCGGAUCUCGUCCAUCUCAUCACCCCCUGGGCCCCGCGAACCGUCGACCGCUCGGUUCGUCGCGCGGACGACGCGUCCCCCGACGCGCGACGCGACGCGACCGCGCGUCGCGGCCGCGCGAUCGUCGCCGUGGAGCGUCGCGUCGCGGCGCUGCGCGUUUCGCUGACGCGCGAGCUCGCGCGGCGACGCGCCGCGGCCGACGCGCUCGCGGACGCGCCGCUCGGGACUGCCGGCGGGGAGGCGCCGUCGUCGUCGUCGUCGUCGUCGUCGUCGUCGUCGUCGUCGGAGCCGUCGUCGCGGCGGCGGCGGCAGCGCGCGGCGCCGACGCUCGUGCGACGGCUCACGCGCUUCGUCGAGCGCUCGCCGCUUCGCGUCCCCGGGAGCGCGUUCGACGAGGCGAGCGGCGCGUGGACGCGCGUCGCGUUCCCGCGCGGCGACGACGGCGGCGACGACGACGGCGGCGACGGCGGCGACGACGCCGCGGCCGACGCGUCAACAAGACCGUAUCGGCGCGCGGACGUGUUGCUCGUCGAGCGAUGGAUGUGCGAGAUGCUUCGCGAAGUCGAUGGCGAUUUCAAGGACGAAUCACGCGACGACACGUCAGCGCACGCGGCGACGUGGACCAAUGACGGCGAAGCCGGCGGCGCGUCGUCGGACGACCUCGCUGAAGCCGCGAUGUGGAUCCACCGCGUCGCGUUCGAAGAGCUCGUGCGCUUCGCUUCGGCGCGCUGCAAAGAGACGAGCGACGCGUUUCGUCGCGUGUGGGACGGCUUUUUUCUCCUCGUCGAACUCCGCGCGGCGACGAUUUACGAGACGCAAAUACACGACACGCACCUCGAUCGACACGCGUUGAAGCGCGACCUCGACGAUCGUAACGCUCGGAUACGAACCGUCACCAUAGAGCGCGACGAGGCCGUGGGUCGCCUCGACGAGGAGCGGUUACGGCGGGAGAAGGCGCGCGCGGCGGCGGCGAGAGAGGCGCUCGGGUUGAGGUGCGUUCUAUACAAACGUUUGUCACCCAUCGCUCGGUUUCAACAUUUGAUCGCCCCCCCCUUUCAACUGACCGAUGAACCGUUUUUGUAUGGAACGACCCUGAGAGCGACGGCGGCGGACGCGACGCGCGCCGCCGCGGACGCCGCGGAGACCGCGCGGGCGGAGACCGCGCUCAGGCGACGCCGCGACGACGAGGUCGAGAGCGCGAGGCGGGAUCUCGCGUCCGCGCGCUCGAAAAUAACCCUCAUUGAACGGGAGUUAGACGUGGAACGGCGCGAGCGACGCCGCGCGAUGGACGACCUCUCCGCGGAACGAUCGCGGGUCGAGACGUUGUCGUCGGCGCUGGAACACGAAACGACGCGAUACGAUUUGACGCGUCGCGAGCUCGACGACGCGAACGACGCGCUCGCGACAGCGCGCGAUGAAGCGAGAGCGUUGACCGCAGAGCUGACCGACGCGAGAGCCGCGAUCGAGCGCUUGAACGAGGCGGCGAGAGCGGCGGCGGCGACGAUCGCGUCGAGGGACGACGCGUUGACGCGAAACGCGGGCGCGAUGAAAACGCUCGAGACGACGCUUAAACGCACGGAACACGAGCGUUUUCUACUUCACGACGAGCGAGAUCGCCUACGUAAAGACCUCGCGACGGAGCGAACGAACGUCACCGCGCUGCGCGAGGAGCUGGAGGAGACGCGAGAAGACGCGGCGGCGGCGGCGAAGACGGCGGCUUCCCGCGGCGCCGCGCUCGCCGCGUCGCUGGCCGACGCGAACGCGACGGUUACAAGAGUAACGUCCAUAAACGAGGUGUUAUCACAAGAGAUACGAACCGUCGCGACGGUCGUCUCGACGCUCGCGAGCGACGUGCGGAGUGCAGAGGAGAUCGCGAACGGCGUCCUCGCCGCGGAUCUCGCCGACGGCGUCGUCGUCGAUCCCGAGUCCGCGACGUCGUCGUCCACGGAAGAGCUCCGUUCGAGCGUUCGCGCGGGCGUCGCGUUGAUGCGCAAAGUGUCCGAGCGUCUGAAGUCGAGUUCUGUGGAGAUUGAUCUUUUAACGCACGAAAAAGAUGGGUUACACGUGCGUUUGGGGGCUGAGACCGAGGCGAAGGCGCGCUCGGACGCCGCGCUCUUCGAGGAAAAGGUGCGCAACGAAAAGCUGACGUGGGAGGUCGAGGCGUCGACGGCGGCUUCGAAGGAGGAGACGAAACGCCGCGAGAACCUCGAGAAGGAGAUACGAACCGUCUCGAGAAAAGAAGCCGCCGCCAGGGCAGAGGUGCGCGAACGCGAGGCGACGAUCGCGACGCUGCGCGAACGCCUCGAAGAGAUGGACGCCGUGAAGCGAGACGUCGCGGCGACUCUGAGAACGGCCCUGAAAGAGACCGCCGCGGCGACGAAACAACGCGACGACCUCGAGAAAGAACGCCGGCGGCUCGUCGGCGUCGUGACGUCCAACGAGCGCGCGAUCGAGCGACUCACGGCGGAGGCGGACAAAGUUCCGGGGUUGCGCGAGCUCUUGCGCGCGCGCGAAGGCGACUUGAGCGAGACACGAGACGCGCUCCAGGUUUUGCGGGACGCGACGGCGGCGGCGGCGGCGGCGACGGAGCGACUCUCGAACGAGCUCCGCGCGUCGCGUCUGGAGACCGAAAACGCGCGCGAAGAGUGCGUUACGCUGCAGCGCGAGCGCGACGACGUGCUGCGACCGACCGUGGACGCGCUGCGCGCGCGAAUCGCGGCGGAGACGAAACGGAAAAUCUCCGUCGGGGCGUUGACGCGGCGCUGCGCGGCGCUGCGUCGCGCGGCGUUAACGUCCGAGAUUGAAGCGUUACGAUACACCGAGACCCUCCUCCGCGACGCGACGCGACGCGAGAAGCACUUCCUCGACGCCCUGUGCGUCGCGACGUGGGGCGAAAAAUCGUCCAUCUCCGCGGCGGCGGACGCGGCGGCGUCGCUCCGCGCCGACGUCGCCGCCGCCGCCGCCGGCGCGCGACGCGUUUCCGCGAUGCGAACCGCGUGGGAUCCGAAACUCAUCGCGUUUAAAAACCGUUCGGACGCGGCGACGCAGUGCGCGGACGCCCGCCUUCAGCGCUGGGUCGAGCGCGCGCGGCGGUUGCCGUCGCUCUCGAGUCGAGGCGGCGUCGCGACGGUUCAGAUCUCAAACGUCGCGCCGGCGUCCGUCGUCCGCGCGUUGAUCGUCGAGACGUACCUCGCACGCGUGGACAGCCUCGGGAUCGCGUCCGGGGCGCCGAGCGCGGGAGAUCUCGCCUCCGAGGGUGCCGACUUUGGCAGAGACGCGCACCGCGGCGACAGCGGCGACGACGAGACCGUGUUCGCGUGCCUGGCGCGCGCGGUGCGCGCGUGGAACGCCAAGUCGGCACCCCCGAAGCGAGUAGGCACCCCCGCGAACGCGGACGACGUGCUCGCGUCGGCGGCGUUUUUCGCCGACGCUUCGCGCCACCGACCGACCGACGCGAAGUGCGAGCUGUUCGCGCGCUUCUGCGGCCUCUCGAGCGGCGGCGCGUCCGCGCACUUGUCCUCCGACGCGUUCGACGCGCUCGCGAGGGUCGUUCGAUGCGCGCGAGAGCUGAUGGGGACGACGCGUUGGGAGGAUGAGUUCUUGGCGCGCUGGCGCGGCGACGGCGGCGGCGGCGGCGGCGGCGGAGGCGGCGGCGGCGGCGGCGCGAGCGAAGCCGGCGGCGGCCGAGCGACGCUGCCGAUGGCGCUCGUCCUGGACGUCGUCGCGAACGUUCUGAACGUGAACGACGCUUCGACGCACCCGUUCAUCGCGCGCGUUCGAUCGAGAGAUGGGGCGUCGUCGAUCGACGAGGGCGUCGAUUUCGAUCGGUUCUUGAGCGCGUUGAUCGACCACUUGGAGCGAAACGACGGCGUCGCCGACGCGACGGCGACGCCGCGACGAUUCGCCUCCCUCGACGAUUCGUAUUCUUUCUCUCCCUCGUGCGCUCGGUGCGCGUGGUCCGACCCGCGAGCGGACGCGAGGAGGGACGUCGCGUGCGAGACGACGCGCGAGGGAGGGGCGGCGACGGUAAAGAGCGCGAGCCUCGAGCGCGGCGUCUGUUGA